AUGAAUGAUUUGAUUGUCCCACUGGGAUUCGAACCCAGGUCAAGGGAUUUAAAGUCCCCAGUACUAACCACUAUACUAUGGAACCGGUUCUAGCAAUUUACUAUUUUAAAUUUUAUAGAUUUUUUAAAAUGUUGUCGACACUGGGACUUCCCAAGCGGUCCCCCACCUUAGUACUAACCCAGCCUUAAGGCGCUUAACUUCGGAGUUCGAAUGGGAUCCGGUGUUUUCACCUUAGUAUGGCCGACAACAAAAUAAAUAUGA